AGAUCAUCUUCAUCAUGAUAUGCUCAGUUUUGCUCCAUGUUACUCGAGAUGUUAUUCAACAGUUCACAUAAUGUCUUAUCAUAUAGGUACCUAGUCCAGUAAGAAUUUGUUCUUGAGCUUUUCGUGAUGGUACCUUCACGUCUUUGCAUAAUUUAUUACUUUCAAUUUUUUCAAUCUUGCUGGACAUCCAAUGUUCAGUUCCUAUCUGAUGCAUUCUUGCAGCAGUUUCCAAUAUAAAAGGGCAUUUAUGUAGUAUUCGAACACUUUUUAAGGUCGUUCAACCACUCAGUUACUUCACUUUUGGUAUCUCCAUUGAGUGUUCUUUGUCAAAUCUGAAUUGAUAUUUUUUCUUCUCUUUCUGGUUGAUGCAAAUAAGAUUCUGACAGAGAAAAACGCUUUAUCAUAAGGUCUUUAGCAACAACGCUCAGGAUUAUGUAUCUCUCUGAUAGAUGGCACCACCAUUCAAUGCAAUUGAACCUCUCUCUAAUAGAUGGCAGUACUUUACUUCCAGUUAGGCUGCUCAUCAGGAGGAGGCUUAUAAUAGUUCAGUUCAUUGAAUAAGUUUGAAAUGGAGGACCUCAGACCCAUGUUGUGAUAUAUGUUUACUUGAAAUUGGGCUAUUCAAAGAUAAACAAACUUACAGAGUGUUCCAUUUAGGGAAACACUACUUUAUACAAGACUUCAUAUUUACAAAUUUACACCGUGUACCAGCUGAUAUAUGGUAGUACCUAGCCAUAAUAAAAUUAUUGAAAUUUACAAGAUUUUGUCACAGCAAAUAACUUCCACAUAAAUACAUAUUAUGCUCUGAUAUAAAGUAGGUAAGUACUAUCCUCGGUACUAUCCCUAUUCAAGCCUACCACCCUGCGCAUCUAUUUUCCAAUGAACAUACUUUGAUUCAAUAUGUAUGGAAUACUGCACCUCUAAGCUAAGUACUUUCACUACUACUUUGGCUUGGUUUUAAGUCAAAGUCAUAGUCAAUCAUACUUUAUUAUGCAAGGAAAAAAUUCUAUUGAUAAGGUGUUUUCAUUUGGGCUUAAUGACCGUCGUAAGUUGGAAUUUCUUCCUUUCUUCUAUUGACAAAGCAUCAACUUAACAGUAAAACAAACAAAAAAUCACCAAUAACACAGCUUUAGCUUUGUUUUGGUUUCAGAAAAGGACGGUUCUAGGACGGUCCAAAAGAAUCGCACAGUUUAUUAUUGGAAUUUUGAUAGCGGAGCUGUUAUCAUUUUGUUGAUUAAUAAACUAUACGAUUGUUUUGAACCGUUCUAGAACCGCCCUUUUUUGAAACCAAGGCAAAUCUAAUGUAAAUACAAACAAGUUAUGAACAAUUUGCAAACAGAACGGCUAUCCAAGCAAUAUUACAUAUACUUUAAACUACACUAAAAUGAUAAAAUGUAAAUAAAACACAAAAGUACUCAAAAAAUAAAUAAAAACAGUAUCACUAUAGUAGUCCUCCAAGCUGUAGUAAGCCCUUUGCAACAAUAUAUCCUUAACACUCCUACCAAAUAGUUUGUAGUUUCUAAUGGUUUUAAGUUCAUCACUCACAUAAUAUAUAGGGUUGACCAUUUUUAGCUCUCCUAAAAUAUUGAAUGUUUUGCUAAAGCAUACUUUGGUAUAGUUAAGCCUAUAUUAGUGUUCAAACUUACUCUAGUAUUGUAUACAAUAUCCCGAGUUUCCAAACCUGAAUAUUUUUUGUGCACAAGACACACAGUUUCUAAAAUGAAUAGACAUGGUACAGUUAAAUUUUUUUCCCUAAUAAAUAAUAGUUGACAAUGUUCACUGCAACUUUACACAAAUAACGAAUUGCCCUCCUUUGUAAAACAAAUAUUGAGUUAAACAGUUGCCUGUUAGUAAACCCCCAAAAAGCUAUACCAUAUCUUAGUAGUGAUAGUUAUUUUUUCCUAUUAAACUAAGUACAUAGGUAUAUUGAACAAGAUAAAUUAUUGGAGAUUGAUCUUCUUGCUAGUCCUUAUUUUAAAUUACAAGAAUUAAAGAGUGCAGAGCAAGUACAAAAAAAAUCGAUAGAACUUGAUUCUUCAGGAGCAAUACAUUUGCUUUAUUUCUCUUAUAUUACCAAAGCCUUUGCCUUAAUUUCUUGCCACAAGUAUCCCCGAUUAUAUCAGAAACCAAUAAUCGACCUAUUUGGGAUUGAGCACAAUAGCUUUGUUUAUCCAUAGCAAAUAUUUUAUCCAAUUAAUUUCAAAUCGGCAGCCUAUGUGGCAGCAGCCAUGCACUGUUUAUCUGAAAACAGGGUGGCACACUUUUGCUAUAUUGCAAACCAACAAAGAUAUCAAUGGGAGUAUAUUCUCAAAGUCAUUUUUUUCCUCAAAUAACAGUGACAAAAAUAUAUAAUCAAGGCUAACUUGAAGUGCGAUUCUGGAUUUUUUCCCAAUUUUGAAAGAUCUGUUAAACAGGAAAAAUAUACAACAGCAAAUUUUCAGGCAGAAUGAAGUAAUAGAAAAAAAAAUUAAAACUCAUGAUAAAUUGGGUGACAAUUAUUGGAAAUCGCUCUGUAUUUUCUUGAUCUCGAGAAUAUGCUUCAAAAUUUUUGAAUAAACAUCGUAAAUGCGUCACCCUGUAGCUACUAUACAUAAUAUUGUUUUAUCUCUUUUAUCACCUCAUUGUGGACGUCAUUCACGGAAUAACGACGUGCCUGUUACAAUUUUUUAGAGCAUCAUCUACGUAAUGUAGGACAAGUGCGGAGGACGCGGGAACAGGGCUGGACUUUUUUUAUAGGCAAGAGAUUUUAUUUAAAGUUAAUUUAAAAUUUGUAUACUGACUAGUAAGUGUUCUGUUUGUUAAGAAUUUAAAAAAAAAUUGGUAAACAGAGGUGAUUGAUAAUAUGAAUUUUUAGAUUUGUUUUGGGGGCAAUUACCUCCAUAUGGCAAAUAAAACAGCCAGCAUAGAUUUUUUAUUAAUUGAGUAAAUCGUUAAGCCUUUAAGAAUUGAAUUGAUGGACCUCACUAUAGAAAUAUGUAUGUGAAAUUCCUAACUAUUUUCUGUAAUAAUAUUGUUGAUGAUACUUUGUCAUUCACCAUACAAGUUCUCUUAAAAUUUUAACUCUUAUUAAUAAUUAUUCUCACUUUUAGCUUCUAGAAAUGAUCUCAUAUCGCGUGUUCAAUUAAUAAUGGUAAUUACUUUAGGGACUUGCAUGUAACAAAACUAACAAGUGAGUAAUUGCUCAUCUAUUCACAAAGGUUAUUCACAGUUACUUUACAGUGGUUAAUAUUGCAAAAAUUUUAAGGAUACUUAUAAAGCUAGCAGCUAAUAUUCACUUAAUUGGCCAGAUCCUUCCAUAGAAUUUUCAUUUUAAAAUUCGUUGUGCUCACGAAGUGUAGUGUGGUGAUUAUUAUUUACAAAAAUGUAUCUGAUAGCUAAUCCACAAUGUGUACCAAAAAAUGUAGGGAUAUUAUCAAGAAAACCCACCAGAGGAAAAUUGUAUUUGAUUGUGAAAAAUCGCAAAAGGACUUUGCUGAAGAUGUUAGCAGUGAUGGAGGCAGGAUCUCAGGGCGCAGGACCGUCCAGCAGCGGGACGUCCACGUCCCCAAAUGAGCCACCCAUUCAGGAAUUUUUGAGUUCGGGCCGGACAGGACGCAGGAAUGCUUUGCCUGAUAUAUUAGGUCAGCAUGCUGUAGUCACCUCAUCAGAUCUACCAUCUCGGCUUCAAGCCCUAACCACAAAAGAUCAAACCUCACCAUCAAAAUCUACAGAGCCGCAAGCUGGUCCGAGUUCCGCUAAAAGUUGAACUGGCCUCAGUACUAGAAAUGUGAUUUUUUUUUUAAUGGACAUGAUUGUCCAGUUGAAUAUUUUUGCCCAGUCCAUAGUUUGGUUUAUUAAUCUGAUUAAAUACUCAAAAUUUUAGUAUCUGAAAAUUUGCAUGCUGGUCAUAGUUUUACCAAUUUUUUUUCAGUACAAAUUAAUUUACAGAAUCUCUUAGAUGGCCAAAGAAAAGCGAAUUUCUUAGAUAUUGAAAGCGAUAUUAGCUGCAUUAGUCAAAGCAGUACUAGAAAACUACAGGAAUAUUUAUUGUACUUAAGUGUCCAUGCUGUAUAGUUGCUUUAAAAAUGUGGCAAGGGGGCCGACACAUAGUUAUUUAUUAUGAAGCUUUCUAUUUAUUUGCUUAUAGAAGCUCCAACGGUUAAGUACCUGAUAGUUAUUUUUGUUUAUUAGUUUUUCUAUCUUGCCAUCUGUGCCACUAUCUAUUUAUUUUAGUCUUAAAUUAGGCGGGUAUGCGCCAAAUUGUCCAUGAUAACAUUUCUUGGCUCAAUUUUGUAGAGCAUAUAGAGCCACUUAUUCAAAUUAAUUGACAAAAUCUGCUAUAACAUUGAUGUUUGAUAUUUGGAUUUAUUAAAAUGCCAUUCAUUGAAAAUUAUUUCAGAUGUCUAUUCCUAUGAAAUCUAUAACAGCGACAGAGAUUUUUCAUGUUAAUUGAAUUGACAUUGUAAUUUUAACUUAUAACUUAGACAACAUGAGGGAAUUCUGUCCUGAUAUUAGGUGCCAUUGGAAAAGACAAAAAUAUCAAACUAAGAAUAUGUAUACACUCAGGUGUUUAGAUGAAACCUGGAAUACAGGGAUUUUUUUUCUACAACAGCGAAAAAAACGUAUUUUUACAUAGAAAUGAAAUAAACGUUUACAAAUUGAUGUUAAAGAUCUGGUUAGCAGGAUAGUAUCUUCAAAUUAACAAUAAAGUUGAAGUUAUAGAAAACUGGAAUCUGAGUGUAUAUGCGGUUCUAAAAUCUUACAUUUCUUCUAAUUAUCGCUUGUACAAAAGCAAGUAUUUAUGAGAAAUAUUCUAGCCUGGCCUAUUAUAGCUGGAUAAAAUAAUUUAGCAUCGACACGAUUUGUGAUAUUAUGUUAUGUAUUUGUGUGUUCAAUGUUUUUCUUUUAAUCGCAAUUAUUGUAAAAAUAUUUUGAUGGAAAUUAAAAGAAAAUCUGCACUACCUAUUUUUGUGAUAAUUUAUGUAGCUUUACUUUUCAGUUGUGAAAUAUCAUUUCACAAUUGCCUUUGCUGUUAAUUAUAUUUAUUAAGGUUUUCUUUCUGGUUGAGUGUCGCAACUAAGGUUUUAGUUAGGCUCUGGCACCAAUUUUGUUUAAUCUAAUUAAAUAUAAGAAUCUUGAGAGUAGAGGAAUUGUAUCGGUAGUAGUUUAGGCUCAUAAUAACAAAAUGUCCAAAAACCUAGUCAUUUAACCGAUAUAAUAAUCCACUGUGUAAAUUAUUUGUCAAUAUAUUUGUAUGGAUUUCACAAUAAAAUAACUAAGAAAAUUA